AUGCCAGCCAUACCGAGUGAAGAAGAAUGGCUGGAAGCAAUGGCCAGAGCCCGUGAAGAAGCAGACCGGGCUGAGUCAGUAGAUCUAGAAGCCUGCAAUCCUCCCAUUCACCCUGUUCCCCAAUUGCAAGGUCCUUUUGAGGAGUCUAUCAUCGAAUCUUACGAUGAUGCACGGAACGAUGGGAUAGUGGAAAUAGACGCGCAAACUCGACGCGACCAGGUGCUGGCAGACCAGGAGUACCAUCCGCUAUGGAAGAUCAUUGCUCAGAUCACUUUCGGCAUGCAUCUUCUGGCCAAAGGACUAGCCAAGUCGGAAUCGGAUGUCUUGAAAAUUCUCCAGUCCCAUGUGGCCGAAUUCGAUGGCUUUAUUGAGAGGACAACGGAAGACUUUGUUCUCGCCCGCAACGACAUCCGGGAACGUCUGAAGUUCCUCAGACUGCCCCUUGAGAACCUUGAUGUGUUCGAUGGGAUGCUCGAAGACCGCUGGUUUCGGCGCACAGUCAUCGAGGAUAACGAAAGGAUCGAGCAUAUUAUCGAACGGUCUGCAGCAGCCAUGAACGAUUCCUUCAAAGACAUAAAAAAGGGCAUCGACUCCGUCCACGCGCUUCGGAAUUAUCUCGAAGAACUGGGGAAGGAAUGGGAUAACCGACCUCGCAAUCUUGACGCCGUGUACGAAGCAAUGAUUGGAAAUGUGGAUGGGUGGGAGCGAGAAUUCGAUAGGCUCCAGAAGAAAGGGUAUAGUCUUGCGUUUUCCUUGGCUCAGCUGAGCAAGAUGGUCUCGGAGAUGCAGCGGCGAGUGGGUGUGGCUAGUAGAAAGAGUGUGGUUCGUAUUAAAAAAAAAGCACCGUCAAGAACAGUUGCUGGAGCAAUAUCAAUUCUGACGUUGAAACAGAUCUUCCAUACCCCAAAUACCAGCAGAGAAUCGCGGGCUAGAUCUCAUGCUUUUCGAAAGCUGUCUGGCGGAACAUCGAACCGCUCAGUCUCCGAAAAACCCCUUCCUAGUUAUCCCCAGACCCUCAAUCCUGCCAUUGCAGAGGCUGUUCCGCCGCAAGUUCUGGAAGAGAAGUUGCGACCCAGAUUUCCAGUUGUCAAAGAUGAUGCAACUUCAUCUGUUCAGCGUGACGCGGUUCCAAAUCGCACAAGAUCUCUCAGUGACACUAGCCGCCAACGUAGAGCUUCUGUCGAGUUGCCUCUCUCCCAAAAGACUACAACAGUCAUGGGAAGCCGAGCCAGCAGGAUUACAAGGGAGAAUUCUUAUCCUGACGAUAUGCCCGCAGCAACGACAACUCGACCUGCGUCUGCGCCUUCUGUCUCACACGAAGCUCGCAGACAUUCAUCAAGCGAAUUGGAAACGAAUGUGGCGCAAGGGAAAUCGCCUUUCAGAAUGGCUUUAGAGCCAUUUGUCCAACUUGAAAAAAGAAAGUUUUCGGCGCCGACAACCCGGGAGGAUAGGCGAGUUAAUAAACUGUUGCACCGGUCCAAGUCGAGAACUUUCGACCUUUUUGGGCUUUCAGGUACCAAGGAACAAGUCAGAGAACGCCCACAAUCUGGCUGGAAGUGCAAGCAAUUCGGAAUUUUCCGUUCAAAGCCUUCCACUGAUCUAGCUGGAACUGCCCAAUGGUCCGAUUCCGAGCGGGGAGAAACGAAGCAUCCGACCACCCUAGACCACCAUAUGACAUGGACUGGCAUGCACGAGACAUACACGUUCAAACCUAGCCCCAGCGACUCGCCCCAAUUUCCACAUCUUAUCUUUGUUGUGGACUCACCCGAUCAAGACUAUCUCGAGGAAGAAUUGAAAGACGAUAGCAGCAUAGAUGACGAGGGCGAAUCGCGACUCACAGCACUGCCAUCUUUAGGUCCCCCAUUGGUAGGCCUGGAGGAUGAUUCUACUGGUCUACCAUCAGGGAACCCUAUCCGUGAUGAGUCUACCAGUGGCCCGGGCUCGGAUGCUCAAUUAGCCUCGUCGAAAUAUAGCAAUAUCAAGAAUCAGAAUUCUGAUUUUUUCAAGAUAUCCAAUUUCAGGGUGUUCCCAAACCGAGGCUCAGCUCUCGAACUGUCAGACUCUAUUCCAAGAACCGGGAGCAAUGGACAUCAUGUCGUCCAUCAAAAUCGUCAUUGGCCGGUCAAGAAGCCAUCUUUAUUCUCCCUCCGUUCCUCGAGGAAAGGAUCUGAGGCUCAGAGCUCAGUUUCUGCUGAGUCCAGCAUGUCAGAUCUUCGAUCCAAGCCACCGUCGGCCGGAGUGACUCCUCCAGGUCUCUGGUCGACUCAGGCAAGAAUACCUUCUUCGAUUGAUGAAUGCCCAUCUCCCAGAUCUCUGAAGCCACUCGAGAGUGAAAGCAGUCGAGCAAGACUUGGACUUGGGAUCAAUAUCGGUAUAAGAUGUGAUCCUGAUGACCUCUACAGCCCUGCGAGCCCGCCACCCCCGGGUCCUGGUGGAAGAGUCAUGGUCUCCCCAAACUACGGGGCCGAAACUGCUUUGAAGGGCGAGAAACACGAGAAAUACACUAAAUUCCGCACAGCAAUUGAUGCAGGAGCCCGGCGUCUUUUAUCACCGAAGCGGAGUCUGAAGAAGUUGCUUCAUGGCGCAUCACUAAAGGAAACAACCUGCAUCAACAACAAUACAACAAGCGAGGAUCGUAGUGAGAUUCAGGACCAGCCCCACAAUGUCGACCGGACAGCCAAGCCGUCGCGGAUCAAAAUCCGUGGUGGAUCUACGAAUGGCAUUGACGAUGAAAAGUUCCACUAUCACGGUAUGGAGAAGGAUGGCACCUGGGUCACGCGAUAA